CUUUACGGCAGCGGUUGUCAGUUGCUCCAUGUGGCAGCAUGUGAGUGCUGAACAACAGUGGACGGUGAAGAACUAAUGUAUUCUGCAAGCUAUUCAGUCUGAUAAAAAAAAAAUCGCAAAACAUUAUAUCGACAGACAACUCUUUUGCAUUCUUUAGAGCGCUCCUAAAUUUAUUAUUUUGUGAUUUAGCCUUUUAGCGACGUGUAACGGUGAAAUCUGCUGUGUUCUCUGAUCUAGAGAUGUUAUAUUUCAUCGGUCUUGGUCUGGGCGAUGCUAAAGACAUCACUGUCAAAGGUUUAGAGAUCAUCCGACAGUGUAGUCGCGUUUAUUUGGAGGCUUACACGUCCAUACUGACUGUCGGGAAGGAAGCUUUGGAGGAGUAUUAUGGGCGCGAGUUACUGCUGGCAGACAGAGACAUGGUGGAACAACAGGCGGAUGAGAUCCUGAAGGGAGCAGACGUCAGUGAUGUGGCGUUCCUGGUGGUUGGUGAUCCUUUUGGGGCCACAACCCACAGCGACCUGGUUCUGCGAGCAAUGAAUGCUGGGAUACAGUAUCGCGUUAUCCACAACGCCUCCAUUAUGAACGCAGUGGGCUGCUGUGGAUUGCAGCUGUACAACUUCGGGGAGACAGUGUCCAUUGUGUUUUGGACGGACACGUGGAGACCCGAGAGCUUCUAUGAUAAGAUCAAGAAGAACAGGGAUAUGGGCCUGCACACGCUGUGCCUGCUGGAUAUCAAAGUCAAAGAGCAGUCCAUGGAGAAUUUAAUGAGGGGUCGAAAGAUUUAUGAGCCUCCCAGGUACAUGACUGUCGCUCAGGCAGCUGAGCAACUCCUGGAGAUACUACAGAACAGACAGGAUCGGGGAGAGGAACUGGCAAUGACUAAAGACACAGUGUGUGUUGGUUUGGCUCGAGUCGGAGCCGAGGACCAGACCAUCCGUUCUGGGACACUGCAUGAGUUGGCCUCCUGUGACCUGGGAGGACCACUUCACUCAAUGAUCAUCAGCGGACACCUUCACCCUCUGGAGGUGGACAUGCUGAAACUCUUCAGUGGUCCCGAGGGAUUGAAGACCUUGAAGAUGACCGAUAGUUCCACGUACGUUUCCUGAUAUCCAGGAAGCUUGUGAUCAUGAAGAAAAAGGUUCCCUUCCCAGGACAAGUGGACAGAAGUCAGUCAACGUGAGAGGCCAGAGUUGCCGGAGGGUUAGGGCAACACACAAAUCAGAUAAUAGUUGUUCCAGAUCAAAUAUGACCACUUUAGCCUUAAAGCACCGGUCGGGCCAGAGUUGCAUUUCAUCACAAGAUUUAGAUUGGGAGUGGGAUGGUUAUUUUGAAGUGUGGUAGUCAUGUUCAUGCUGUCAAAAAAAUAAAUGAUGGAAUUAUAAUAGAGGAAAUGGAAAAGGUUAUUGUGGACCAACUGCAUCUGGGUUGCAUUAGUGCCUCUGAAAUUGAGCUUUCUUCGAAAUUGGCAUAAUGUUUCCGUACCAAGAGCCUUUCUUAAUGGAACUUUCUCAGUAAGAAUGUAAAUAAGAUAAAAGUGAAUACUGAGAUCCCUUUGAGCAUGUACCCACCCAUGUCAUAAUGGAUGAAGAUUGAUUUUCUUACAAUAAAGACACUCAUUUCUUUGGCACUGAUUACAUUAACGCCCAACAUGUGGUUUGACUGUUUUCAUCUACAUCUGUGGUUUUGUUUGUGAUCUCUCAUUUCAUUUCUGUCAGCAUGAAUUGUGUAGAAAGUGAGCAAAGCUGUUGUCAGAAACUAGUUUUCAAGAGAAAUCUAACUUUACGUGUUGCAUUCAGAGAUGAUUAUUCUAUGCAUCUGCUUUUUACUGCCGUCAAAGAACAAAGCCCAAGAUUUACCAAUUUUUCAAACUUUCUUAAAACAUUUACUGGAUUAAAUGGUUAUGUACUUUUCAGCACA